GCACUCUGGUUUGUUCGACCUAUGGUAUAUGGUAUAUGGUUUUAGAUGUUUUGCUGACAUGCUGUAGUAUCAUCGGGCGUUAUACUCGUAAAAGUAGCAAAGCUGUCGCAUGUCGGUGAGGCUUUUUGAGUUUCGUUCGUUACAAUGGACCGUUCGAUUUUGACAAUGUCAUCUAACAAAAUCUCACCGAAUUGUUUGAAACUUGUUAAGGCUUCUUCUGAUGACCGUGAUGCCCGAGUCAUAUCCUCCCGGAUGGGUAUGACUGUUCCAGAAUUCAUGAACGUCCUGGGUUACUCGAGUACUACUGAACAAAAUAUCUCUAAUUCAAGUAGUUUGGUAUGGCCCAAACAUACAGAGUUAGAGGUCAGAGAUCCCUGGUCAUCAGUUUAUCAAUAUGAACCUACUGAUGUUAGCUGGUGCAUUCGUUUUAAAGCACUAGGGUGUUAUAACUUUAUCCCACCUCCUUUCAUAAACCGUUCUUAUAAAGUACCAACAACUCCCAUCCCGGCCUCUGAUCUUAACAAAAGUACGCCUACAAUUGACCAAGUAUCUCCCGGUAGUAGGACAAUACAUACACUCCAGAAGAUAAGUACAUCCGAAAAAUCAAAUGUGGCUCCAGAGACUAUCACAUUAGCUGAGCGUCAUAAGCUAUGGGAAGAUCUGUUAUUGUCUGAUAGCGAAGAAGAAAAUGAAGAGAAGCCAAGACCAAGAACAUCGUCUAGAACUAUUGCCGUUGAGACACCAAUAGAUGACGGUGAUAUGUUGGUUAAACCAGGUGAUAAAAGCACGUCAGAGAGCCUUUCUAUUCUCAAUCAUGCACUACGUCCACCACCACCAUUCGUCAGUCCACUCUCCAUCCUAAAUGCUGACGGUUCCGGAACAGAAUCUCCUAUUCCAAAUACCCAAAAUGGCCUCAUAGAUCUGCCGCAAAUUGAUGUUAAUAAACAAGAUCCUCUUGAAUCAAAGACAUCCGGGCGUAUUUCUGAGGCUCCGACCGAGUGUGUUGUGAGCAAAUCUGAAAAUCCAAUGUACUUAUCUGGAAGUCGACCAUCUCCUUUAACUACAGAAAAUCCAUUACGAAAACAUUAUCCAGAAGAUUUUAGGACGUCACUUCCAAUCAACAAUUCAAGUGAUAAUAACAACGUUUCUAGCAGGUUGACAACAGUUACAAGCACUACAACUCCAAAAUUGACAAUACAGAAGCCAAUUCUAGUGUUGAGUGAUAAAUCCAAUUCCAACCAUGAUAUCGUAAUUAAGCGCCGUACUGAUACAAUAACAAAUAGGACAAGCGAAUAUUUCAAUGAGCAUUGUAAGGGUCCUGAAACCAAAAAAAAUUUCAUUCAACGUUUGCUUUUCGAAUCAGGACAGUUUUUAACUCAGAAAGACUGUCUGAUCACAGAGCUCAGCCCAAUCCAUCAUAGUGACCCAGUUAAUAUACUUACAAAACCAUCUCAGGUAAUUGAAGAAAAAUCUGUGUUUACUGAACAAAAGUUGGAAAACGCAACCAAUUCUCCUGAUGCUCAUCAAACACCAUCAGAUGACUCUAAUUCAAAAAUCAACUGCAAAUCAUCGCAUCAAGAAUGUACCCGCUCAGAUGGUAAGAAUGUAACACCGGAAAAAUCAAAAACAAUGGGUCACCAAUCGUUAUUCCAUUCUAACCGUCGAAAAGAUGUCGAAAAAGUUGAUGCUCGAACUGAAGAUAAGACUUUUAAACUUAAUUCUGUUUUCGUUACUCAGGAAGGAUCGAAUGAAUCAUCCAUUAACCGUAAUUGCCUUUCUAGUUUAUCAUGUCCCGUUGAUGAAUACAUCCCACCUACUGCUAACUUAACUCCAGGAUUGGCGAAACCUAUCGAUACACUAGAAAAAGAGCUCAACAGAUCAGAUGUCAAUGAAAUCACGGAAAAAAAGACGGGUAAUAACGAAGUUCAGACUCUUAUUACAAAUAUGGAUAAAUCUCAUAGUUAUAUGAAUAAUUCCAGUAGCAUGCCGCCCCCAGCUCACGAUUCCACUGGUAAGAAGCUAAAAAGGCGAUCAAAAUGCAGCUCAAAACUUACAGUAUCCAAGGAGUCAGUCACAACACCUAGUUCUGAGUUAUCGACUCAUGAACAACCACAAAAUGAUUCUGAUAUGAAGAAGGAUAUCAAUGAUUCUGUUUCCUUAGUUCAGAAUACUGUGGGUAUUUAUCCUCUUCGUGACAUCCCAUCUGACUGUUGGAUAUUUCCUGACUUAACGGUAACCAAAGUUCGUAAUAAAAUACAGCAGUCCUUCUCUCGGACGUCAAAUUCCUCACCUAAGAAUGAAGAGGUUCCCGGGAGUUUUUCUUCAUCUGAUUAUCAUUUAAUUAAAAAAAUGAGAGAUAUUCUGCGUGGUGCUGUUGAAAAUGACAGUUCAGUAAUCUCCAAGACCAAUCAAAGUAGACGUACUCGCUCCAGGUCACUUACAGGUAUUUUACUCGUCCCACCACCCAGUUUCACUGGAUCAUGUGAAACGAAACAAUCACACCAUCUAGCAGACGAACCUUCGUCUCAUAAGAGUUACCAUGAUAUUUACACAAUGACUUCGCCUCAUCUUAAUCGAACUACCAUCUUAAAUGAUGUAGAUGUUCAAUGUGACAUAUGGCCUAGCAGUAGUAAUAAUAAUUUGAUAUCUAGUCGUUUUGUUUCACAGUGUUCCGUUGGUAUAAUUAGCACUCCUACUCAAAAGCCUCUUGGUACUGUGCCCCCAAUUCUCCGUGAUCCAGUCUGUGAUCUUACUAACUUGUCAUCAAAUAUUGCUCAGAAUUUACCGCAGUUGGGUGGUCAAUCACUCCCAUGUAUGAAUCUCUCUGAUAGUUUGCUUUUUAUUGAGGAACAAUUUGGCAGGAUCAUCAAACAGGAGAAUGAAAAACUACAGGAUAGUAACCCAUCGAGUGAAAUAUUCAAAGCAGAAGAAUGUAAAUUCGAAGCAUCUAAAUGUUGGAAAGCGUUAGUUAGCGCUAUAUCCUCUUGUUCUCGUGAUAAUAGUUCUAGUGAAGUACCAAAUCGUUCACAGAUGCUUCUUAAUUUACAACCACUUCAUGAAUAUCCAGUACAAAUGACUAGAUCAGUAAAACACUAUUUAGCUGCUGCAUACAUCUUUGAAUCCAAAAAGGAAAUACUCAGGGCUAUUGAUAUGCUUACUGAAGCAGCUAAUCAAAUUCAACAUUGUGUUCGUCGAAUGCAUCGAGUCGAAGCAAAAUUAACUAAACGUCGUAAUCAUCGAACUGAAGUAGAGAAUUCUCCUGAUACAAAUGAAUUAACAAUCAAAGUUAAACGCGAUGCUAGUUGGAUGUACUUAUGGUAUUAUGUUUUAAUGAGAAUCAAAGCUGCCGUUGGAUUUCAUACAUAUCGUUUAAGAUUACAGUCAAUAGACAACUUGCGUGAAGAGAUAGAUGCAAAUCUUUCUGUGGUAAAACAGCACAUUCCUAACCUAAAUGAUAAUAUUAGUUUGCCAAAAGUUUCGGAUAGUCCUUCUUCAUCAAAACCAUCUUCAAUUAAGUCGAAAGUUACAUCUAAUUCGUCUUCUGAAGAUUUGAAGAUGUUGGAAUCUUUAGUUGUCCAAUUUUCUCGCUUUAAUCAAUUAACAUCUUGUGUAUAUAGUGCAAUGAUAGAAUGGCAACAGGCUGAUGAACUAGUUACAAAAGUUCCACAUCUUAAGUCACCCGUUGGACGUAAAUCAGAAGGUUCAACUGAUACUACCGGUUAUACUUCAUUUUCAGGACAUUCAAGACCAAUUCAUACUAUAGAUAUUGACAUCGCCAGUUCAUCAGAAGGAGCAUAUAUCAAUACUUCUCAAAUCCCCAUUCUAAUUUUGUUACGUUAUAUGGAUGGAAUUUUUCAUGUUCAUCCACUUAUUAUUGAUCAGUUGAAAUAUCCUUCUGUACAAGAGUCAUCUCAGUUGAAAAAUAAUAGUUCAAGUGAAAUUCAAAAUCUAUCUACUGUUUCACAAGAACAAAAGUUUGUAACUUCAAAUUCCACCUUGAUAACUGACUCGGUUCCCGUAUCUGAUACGAUGUUGUCAACAGUCUCUAGAACUCCUAACAAACAACAACAGCCAUCAAAUAAUUUUGCACAAUCAAAGUUCGAAAAUACUGAAGCUAAUAACGUUAACUGCCACCCAGAACCUCCCAGUACCCAUGGCAUCGGUGAGCGGCUUUUGAAAAAGAAGUCUCACAAGAAACACUUUUCUGAUGCUAACCCGUCUCCGAGCUUAGUUUCUUCGUCUGUUGCGAAACAAUUCUCACUUCAUUCCAGUGCUUUAGAUGAGAACUGUUCUGAUGCCUCUGUACCUUCCUCUAAACCUGAUAUAUCCAAUAUUCCUAAACGGAAAUCCAAAAGACGACGUUUACUGCAGUCUAAUGAGUCAACAGAUAUAUUACCCUUACCCAUAGAUGCUUCUUCAACUAAUACAGAUACUGAUUUGGAUAGUUAUGGACGAUCAGCUUCUUUUAAUAAGUGCAAUGAAUCACCUGGGACAAAAUCCCAUAAGCCUAAAACUGUACGUAAAUUAAAUAAUCUUGAGCCAGAGUGCUUUGAAAAUCGGAAGCUCGAUCGUAUUGAUAACUCAAGUUCACAGGAACGUGGGUCACAUGCAGAUGGUCACUUAUUUUCAAAGAAAAAAUCAAAACGAUCGCACGCACACACAGAACAUAUAAAACCUAAUUGUAAUAUGGUUUCACAUCCUUGUAGAAUUAUUGCUUCUGAUGAUCAGUCGCCUGGUGCUUCCCCUCCUCCAUCACGAAAAUUUUGUCGCAGCAAGAGUGUAGCACCGAUUGCACCGAAAUCUCCUUCUAGUCAUAUCAGUUCACUUUCAAAUGUACCUAAUGUAAGUUGUCCUAUUUCAGUUGAAGAUAAUACUUAUCAGCCGAAAAGAAUUAAACCAUUACAUUCUAAAGUACACGGACGACGUAUUUCCGAUUCUCAAUCUGAUUCUGACUCUUUCCCGACACCAACCUAUAAACCAUCGAUCCCCGUCGAUUCUCCAGAUGCAAAGAACAAACAUAGUCAACGUCGCCGUUCUCGUUCAGUCCAUCUCUCAUCAUCAAGGCGAAAAAAUGAGUCACCUGUAGAAGACCCUAGCAAUGCUAACGCAUCUGAAUUGUCACAAGACUCUAUAGGUUACAGUCCAACUAAAAGAAGUCUAAUAAACGGUGGCGCUUCAAAUAUACCUGACGCAAAUUCUUUACCUGUUUAUCAUGUUUCUCAUAUUUCCCCAAGUCCACCUCCUAAGUCACAAUAUAAAAAUAAAUCUAGUAACAGUCAGAAUGAUUUAGUUCGAUCUAAAAGUUCUCACCAUUCUAACUUUAAAUCACAAUCAUCAAUUGUUAAAUCAUCAUCUGAAGUCCCACCAUUUUAUGCCCGUUGGAUCAAGGAGCCUUCCAGUACGGAUCGCUUUUCUAGUACUUCAUCAAAUAAUAGUAAUAUUAGCAAAAAACACCAAGCACAAUGGUAGCUCGUAUACGUAGAGACAGUUCCUCUUUCAAAAUUUAGAAAUGUCAAUAUCACCAUAUUUAUGAUCCUAACUUUUGGAAUUUAACGGUCUUUCAUCACAUAACAUUGUAUCAUGUUGUGAAUUGUAUUAUCUUCAGAACGCAUUCAAUAUUAACUUUUUUUCUUUCCUACUCGUAUUUUUUCUGUUUUUCACUGUGCUAUUUUGAAUAGUGAAUUUCAACUGUAUUUUACAAUUAUCAACCUACUGAUUUCAGUACAAUUUCUUUCUAAAUGUGUGCUGUAAAUGAUCGUAUUUCUCCUUUGACAAUACCUUAAUAGAUCACUGUCAAAAAUCAUCAGGUACAUUAUACUAUCCUAACUACCGCAUUUGAUAAUUCGAAAUAUAUUAAUCUAACUAUUAUUAUGUCACCGAAUUGCCACAUUGAUGAUAAAAAUUUUCACUAUCCCCCUGUUAGCCUUGUUCUUUAUUAUACACAGAAUACUUUCUGCAAAAUGGAAAUUUAUAUCAUUAUUUGACUCAGUCGGUUGCUUAAUUUCAGUUUUUCAAUUCUUUUUGUUAGAGAGAUAAAUAUAUUAUACAUAUAGAACUAUUUCUUCCUGUAUACAAUUAUUCCCCAACAUAUAUAUUUUCUAUUUACAUAUAUAUAUAAUUCAGUGAUAAAAUCAGGGUUGUUUCCCUUGUCAAUCUUGUUCCUCUCCUACCACUUCUUUUGUUUUGUCUCAUGUAUUUUUUCACAUGUUUUAGUGUGACUUUCCUUCGCUAAGAUCAUGUCAAUAAAACUGGUUUAAAAGAAUCAAGAUUGAAUGACAAAUUACAUAUAUGUAUUUCUGUUUUCCCUAAGUCUUCUCCUUGUUCUUUCUUUUUUUUGUUGUUGUUACUAUCGUCUUCUGCCUUUUCUUAUUUUUAAAGAAUUAUUUUGUAGUAAAAAUGACAUUUGGAAUAAGAGUGAACGAUAUUCUGUUCGAUCUAACCUUAUGCCUUUUUGUUGAGUUCUAUAAUAGUUUGGUGGACUUGAUAAGAGUACUAUGUGUAUAUGAAAAGACAUGGUGAUAUUUUCUCAGCUUUAAAUGUAUAUAAACGUGAAUUGUAAGUAUAAUGAGCAGAACAGGCAUUAUUUUGUAUAACAUUCACUUGCGUGAGUUAUUAGUUAAUAUACUAUGGAGUAAUAUUCAGAUGGUAACUUUGUUUAGAAGUAAUAUGAGCGCACUUUUUUGCGAUAACUAGGUAUAGCGUACAAAGAAAUGUUCAUUGAAGUUGAAAUAUCCCUCAAGUGGUAUAAAAUGUUAUCUGUUAAUUCUUCAGUAUGGAACAUAAGCUGUGGAAUGAUAAGUAAAAACCACAUAAAUCGGAGGAAUAUUAUAUCGAAUUAAUUAUUAUAAUAAUAUCGUAUAUUAUUAUGAUACCGUACAGAUGGGGACUGCAAUGUUAAUUUUUAGAUUCAUUCUCUACAUUACAUGUUUUACAAACUAGUCUCAACAGACGGCUUCUAAUAUACCAUCAGAAGUUUCUCACUCAAACUGAUUAUUUAUAAAUAGUUUUUUCCUGAAUCCUUUAAAUAUUCUGUGAAGAACGUUUCGAUGUUUUUCUGAAUUAGUGUCUUGGUUAUAUGAAUGAAAAUUUCAGAAAAGUUGGCUCAUCUAUGCAGUCUAAUCAACAAAGUUUACAUUAGCUUGAGCAUAGAGGCUUCAACAUACUCAAGUGAAGAAGAAAGAUCCUCAAACACAACACAAAGAACACCAACGCAAUCACACUUGAUGGAGAAGCUUUGGAGGAGAUGGGAUCUUCCACGUACCUGGGAAGCAUCAUCAAUGAAAAAGGAGAAUCCGAUUCAGACGUAAAGGCAAGGAUGGGAAAAGCAAAGACCGCAUUCCCACAGUUGAAGAACAUAUGGAACUCAAAACAACUAUCUGUAAGCCAACAUCAGAUUGAGAAUUUUCAAUACGAAUAUCAAAACAGUUCUACUGUACGGAGCUGAAACUUGGAGAACUACAACCAUCAUCAAAAAGGUACAAAUAUUUACAAACAAUUGUCUACGCGAGGUAAUCGAUGUCCGUUGACCGGACGCUAUCAACAACAGUCUACUGUUGGAGAGAACAAACCAGCUUCGAGCUGAAGAGGAAAUUAGUAAAAGAUGGAAGUAGAUAAGACAUACAUUGAGGAAAUCAUCGAACUGCAUCACGAGGCAAACGCUAACUUGGAAUCUUGAAGGGAAACGGAAAAUAGGAAGACCAAGGAACACAUUGUGCCGGGAAUUGAAAGCAGUCAUGAAAAGUAUGAAUAGCAACCGGAAAGGAUUGAUCUGGACGGAGUAUGAUGGAGAAUACUUGUGGGCGGCCUAUGACCCUCCAUAAGUGGUAACAGGCGCAAGUAAGCUUAUUGUGAAUAGUAUGAAACAAGCUUAACCUUCCUAAAAUGACAACAUGUGGAGUUGUAAUAACUAGUGGAAUGCAUAAUAUUUCAAUACUGAGUAAGUUCUCUAAAGUGAAUGGGAAUUUUAGAACAAACCUGUCUUGUUGCAAUAUAUCAGGAUAUGGAUUUAAGCUUUAUGGUACUUUGGUCGUUUAACAAACCAUAUGCAUGAUCAUCGAUCCGCUUCAUCUUACUAUUCUCAAAAGCUCUGUCAUAUUCCGUACGUCAUUCAAAUAUAUUUAAAAACACCAGUCAGCGUACAUCGAUUAUUUUUCUUACAUAACUCACAAUCACAAUAAAAUAAUCUGAUUAGCAUAGAUCUGUAUGUAUUUAAUAUGUAUUUUAUAUCUGAUACCCGUUUGAUUGAGUUUUUUUCAUGUUUUCUAAUACAAUUGGUUUGCUA